CCGACAGCCGAGAGUGGGAGAUAAGCAAGCAAGACUAGACUGUAGGCAGCCAUGGCGGCGCGAACGGCACCCGGGUCGUGCGACAUCCCUGAAUGCACGAGGCCACGGCACCAAAGGGCGGGUAUAGUCCACAACUUCUGCGGGCGGACCCACGCCAUGGAGGCUGUCUCAAGGGGGCUAGCAGCGAAACUUGACCGCCCCCACGGCCGGUGCCACGUCUGCCAGCUGCGGGGCUGCUCGAAGCCCGUCUAUUUCGAUUCUGAUACCGGACGGGUGUACGACUUCUGCUGCAGACGCCAUGCAAACAAGGCGAUGGACAGGGGAGACUGGAUCCCCUCCCCUCACAAAGGGACGUCCGUGUGCAAGCUACCUGGCUGCAAGGAGCUGGUCUACCGAGACAGUACCACCAAGACGGACUCCGAGUACUGCGGCAAGUCCCACUACUUGACGGGUCAAGCGCGACUGUGUGCGCGCCGUGGAUGUACGAGCACCGCCUGGUUGGCGAACACGGACUCCAGACAGUACUGCAGCGCCUACUGCUUCUCCAAGGAACGUCUAGUGCUCAACAAGCAUGCUGGCUCGGUUUGCAAGCUCCGCUACUGCUCUGUGGGCACCUUGCACCACCUGCAGACUGGGGAGGACCUGGGAUAUUGCUCAGAAGGUCACCGCCUCCUCUCAAAACCACCUUCGAAGGGCCAGCUCCGGAGCUCAGAGCCGUACGUACACGGCGUGUAUUCCGUGGGGACCCCCAGGUUCAACUUGUGCGCCCUGGAUGAGGCCCACCCCGAGUGCCCGUCGUUACGCAGCCAGUUCAGCACCAAGUGGGUCAAACCACAGCCAGCGGAGGGCAUCUCGGUCGUGCGGAUCUUCAGGGUGGAGGUGCCAGCGGAGGUUCGCGACAAGCACGACAAGUACGCGCGCACGGUGCGAAACAUCCGCCGGCGUUUCCAUGGCACCUCCUGUAGUGAUGGGUGCAAUUUCAUCGUCGACCCGCAGAGAUCCCCCUGCGGACUGCGCAGUUGCAGCUUGUGCAACAUCAGCAUGCGGGGCUUCAAGCUCGACGAAAACGUCGGCCGCACGGCGCUGGCGCGUAACUUCAAUCUGCGCUAUGGCAAGGGCGUGUACUUCAGCAGCGUGUCCGGGAAGGCCAAUGACUACGCCGACCUCACUGCAAAGACGGCCAAGGACGGCACGAAGCUGAGGUGCAUGUUCGUCGCCAACGUCGCGGCGGGAAAGGCAUACUCCACCAAGGAGAAAGCUCUGGACGACGGCAAAUGCCCGCCUCCAGGCUACGAAUCCGUCGUCGGGGAGGUAGGCCAAGGGCUGAACUAUGACGAGCUCGUAGUGUACAAGGAGGAAGCUGCCCUGCCAACGCACCUUAUCGUGUAUGCUUUGCACUGA